AUGGCCGCCUCAGCUGACCAGGUCGCGGCAGCGCCGAACAAGCGUGAGGAUGCUAUUGAACGGAGCAAGGGCAACAUUGACCAGCAAGAUGGAGCUGUUGCCGAGGUUGCUUCAAAGGAACAGGAACAGGAACAGGAACAACCCAUGGCUGUUCCAACGGAGGCUAUGCGCAAGAUCUGGACUAUCAGGCCUCUGAUUGCAGUCUUCGUCGGCAUGAUCUUUGCUGCUUCGUCUGCCGGCGUCUACGACCCCUAUGUCACAAGUCAUUUCGAGGGCCACUCGCUCAUCGCCACGGCCAACAUUAUCCAUGGAAUCGUGCGCAUUGUGGGAUAUCCCCUUCUCGCAAAGGUCGCCGAUACCGGUGGUAUCUUUGAAUCAUUUGGUGACACAUGGUGGACCAUCACGGAGCAAAUCUUCAUUGCCGAUGUGACAUCUCUUGUCAACAGAGGCUUCCUCUUUACCCUGCCGCAGUCGCUCGCGGCCAUCCCCACCCUGUAUGCUGGGACAUACCUUGGAGAGCACAUGCUCUUGAACUCGACUUGGCGCUGGGGUUUCGGCAUGUGGGCUGUGAUCAUUCCCUUCUGCGCCCUGCCUACCAUCGCCAUUAUGCUCUUCAUGGAGCACCGCGGCCGCAAGAAGGGUAUCAAGUGGCAAAGGCUGCCGCUGCGGGCUUCUUCUGGAGCACCCCAGGGAUCCUCCUUCCUGACGCAGCUCUACUACAUUGUGUGGGUGCGUCUCGACAUUAUGGGAGCGUUCCUGCUGCUGGCCGGUUUGUCCAUGACCCUUCUACCGCUGUCCAUCACGGGAAGGAGAAACACGGAUCGGUGGUCCGAAGCUUCUUCGAUCGUUCUCAUCAUCGUGGGUGUGCUCACGUUUGUGGCCUUCCUCGUGUGGGAUGGGCGAUAUGCGAAGAAUCCCAUUGUGCCGUUCCGCAUGAUCAAGAACCGGAACGUUCUUCUGGCGUGCGUGUCGGUCUGCUUGAUCGCCAUGUCAGACUCUACCUAUCGUGCUUUCGGGCCGAGCUUCCUCCAAGUGGCUGGCGGAUACUCGCCCGGACAUGCCGUUCGCAUCGACAACGCUCGAAGGGUAGCCCUCAACCUCGGUGGCCUCGUCAUUGGUAUCGCCAUCCGCUUCGUCAAGCACACCAAGCCCUUCAUCAUCAUCGGCUGCGUCAUGGUCGCCCUCGCAAACGGACUUCCGAUCUACUUCGCCAACAUUGACGGGCGCCGUGUCGCCAACGAAGCCGCUCUGACGACUAGCCAGGUCCUGCUAGGUCUGGGUCGCGGCUUUGCCCAGAUCCCCCUUCAGGUGUCCUUGCAAGCCGUCGUGCCGGACCAUGAGAUUGGCAUUGCCACUGCGCUCUUCCUCUCAUCUUCAGGCUUUGUGUCAGUGGAGCCAUCUGGAACACGAUCCUCCCCCGCCGUCUCCUGCAACAUCUCCCCAGAAGCAGCCAAGGAGAACAGCCGCGCCAUCUUCCGCUCCAUCGUUGCCGCCCAGAGCUUUGCCAUCGGCACGCCUGAGAGGAACGCCAUUAAUCUGAGCUACCGCCAGACGCAGCAGAGACUGGCUAUCGCGUCGCUGUCAAUCUCGAUUCCGCUCCUCAUCAUUAUGCUCCUGAUCCGGAAUGUGGACUUUGUCGCCGAGGAGAAGAAGAAGGCGCAGCUGGCUGAGGAGCAGGCCGCCGCCGCUCUUGCGGAAGAGGCUGCCAGGGAGGACGCUGAGAACCGGAACGUCGCGGGACAAGAUGCCAGCGACCCGGAGAAGCGCGUUAUGCGGCUGCCGAUGCUCGUGAGGCUCAUCAUGUCUGUCCUGGCCAUGGAACAACACAAUUAG